UGGCUCACCCCACUUCUGAGCAUCCAAAGGGAACAGCAGCAUUCUAAAACUAUUGAGCAGGACAGCAGGGACGAUGCAAGUCUGCAGCGACCUCGUUCUGUGCAGAAAACCUUUGGCGUGGCCCUCCGGUUGCCGUGCUAGCAACGCCACACGGCAAACAGAGUUUUUGCAUGGUGGACUUCUGCAGGGAAAAGACCACGGUUUGCGUGGUGAUUGUACGGGGUAUCAAUGGGGAGUGGGGCUCAGAAAACAGUUAGAACACAACCCUGUGUUGGUCAGAGCUGGACAAGGGGGGGGUGGAGGGGUGGGAAGCAAGCGACCAGAUCGUGCUGGCAAGCGGGGGGCAAGGCGGAGGCCACCAGAGAAUGUCCAAAGUCGAAACCCCAUACAACCCCCAGGCGAAGUGCCAGAGCUGUCGUCCAGCGGGCUGGCCACCGAUAUCGAUGAGCGCUCCUUCAAUGAGCGCCUGAAAGCGAUCAAAGCCUCCCAGGCGGAACGACCAAAGCCGGAAGUAAACACUCUGGGGCCGAUCGACUACGAGGCGCCUGUUGAGAAAAAGGACGAGCAGCCAGCCCGGCCAUGGGUGAAGGCUGUGUCAAUCGCUGGUGCUCUGAUCCUCCUAGGCAGCUUCGCUUUGAGCGACCUCGUCCUCCAGAACCUUGGGUUCCGAGAUAAGCAGACUCCAAGCGCCGAGGUGCAGGAGUUGCCGAAAGAGGAAAAGGAACGCCUCCAGAAGCAAGCGGAGUCGUUUGAGGCGACGCUUCGACAGCAGCCCGAAGACGCAACCGCUCUUGAGGGCGCAGGCGUGAGCUAUGCUGAGAUGGGGGAGUACAAGAAAGCCGCCGAGUAUCUGAACACGUUGGUCAAGGCUCGGCCGUCGGAUGUCGAAGCGCUGCGACUGUUGGCCGAGGUAAAGUUCGCCGCACAAGACUUCUCGGGGGCCGCCUACGAGUACCGGCGCGCAAUCAGAGCCAGCCCGCGGGAGUCGCUCGGACUGCUCAAGGGCCUUGCGGACGCUCUGGUCAACGACAAGCGUCCAAACGAAGCGGUGGGUGAGAUCUUGAACGCUCGCGAGCGGAUCCGGAGCGGAAAAGAAACCUCUGCGGGGGCGUCGGAUGCGGAGGAGAGAAUAGACCCAGUCCAGGUUGAGCUGCUCCUGGCAAAGGCAUAUCAGGCUUGGAACAAAACUGCUGACGCUCUGUCCGUGUACGACGGGGUAAUCGCGGACCAUCUGGACGACUUCCGGCCGUAUCUCGCCAAGGGGCUCCUCCUUAAGCAGCAGAAACAGGAGGGCGAGGCGGAGCGGAACCUCGUCAAGGCGAGGUUCCUGGCUCCUGAGGCAGGGAAGCAGCUUAUCGACAGAUUAACAGGUCGAUGAAAGAUUCAUGUUGAGGUCUUAGUGAACUGGCUUCGAACCAACCGUCUUUCUGAGUGUACGCAAAUUUGACGUGUUCUACGUUGGAUCAUGGAGGCGAUGUUCUUUGACCCUCCGUCCUCAACUCCACGAACUUUAUCUGGUUUCGGAAACCAGAUUGUAAGUGUCAUGGAUAUUGAGGGCUCCUGUUAACCAUGCCAUUCAACGAAC